AACCAGAAAAGAAAAACAGUUACUGUGACCAUCUUUAGUUAGUUGAGAAGGUCCCUGAAAAGAAACUAAGUUUUCUCGGUACCAGACCCCCAAAACGACAACGUUUUCUUCAUAUGUUCAUGUUCCCCCCUUAAAGCCCUCUCUAACUACAGGGGGGGGGGGGGUAGUAUGUUUUGAGAAACGACACUUAUCCCCUGAAAAAUCAAGACACAAGAGAAUAAGAUGACCAAGUCAAACCAAGUCACCAGAGCAUAAGAUAAAAACCAAGUCACAAGUAGAACAAAUGAUGUAAAAGCUUUUCAUGAUGUUUAGAGUACCUUACACUCUAUGACUACUCUUCUCUGAAAUGAGCCACUAACAAAGCGAUAAGACAAAAUAGAUGAUUAAAUGCUUUCAGUUAUACCUAAAAAGCGAUAACAUUUCGCAGAUGAACCCUCAAUAUGAUAAAAACACGACUUAUUUUUUAAAAUGAAUUUUCAUUAUUGGGUCUCAAAAGCGGAACUCAUUAUGAGAAAAAAGCGCGGAGACACCUGCGAUACGAACAUCAAUGAUGUUUAAUAAAAAAAAUAGCAGCAGGCGAAGUGUAAGUAUGCGCGACCAAACGUCAGAAAGUUCAAUAAGAAGCGCAGACUUACGUUAAUAGCUCUUGACGUAACCACCAUAAUCGGUAUGUGUAAUUAACCGCUUGUUGAACCUGGAGAUGCGCGCAUUACUGCGCUGAUAAUACAUCGUGCUUAAGCUGUUCGUGGAGGUACCAGAUGUUAUCGACGGUGGUGAGCAAGUGAAGCAAGGUUAUAGUAGCUCUCUUGGGGGCGAGCAAGGUAGGUUAAAUAUCGAAACAAAAUGCAAUUGUGAUAGGGUCUGUGAUAGUACUUGUUGUAGAAAAGCGUCUCUCUCUGGUAGCCAUACUGUUGGGAGCUAUUGAUUACUUCGUUCAUCUGAAAUAUUAGAAUUUUUGGAUUAUUCAAUUCAAUAAUCCAGUUUGACUGUGGUCCUGAUGUAAUUUAAAAAAAUGGAAUAUCAAUCCUACAUUCCUUCAAAUAAAAAAGAAAAAAAGAAAAUCCAAAGAAAGAAAGAAAGAAAAUCCGUCAAGUGCAAAGAAAAAAUCGUCCGAGCAUUGUAAAUUGUCAGCGAUGAAAUGAAAAUUCAAAUUUGAUUGAAACUCAGCAAUCAUUAGCAGUCGUUUGGGUUAAAUGGGAAUAGUCAAAGCAGCAAUUACAAUACCGGCCAAGGGGUACCGAAUUCGCGCCUUAUUACAUAAGCAGUAAACACUGACCAAUCAGAGAACCCAUGGACACAUUAGCUCGCCACUAUCACGCCUAUCGGUUAGCUGAACAGUAAUUUAGUCAACUUGGUUGAUUGCGUGUUUACACGAAGUCACAGAGAAACUCCCCUUAAUUCUGUGGUUCUCAUCCGUUUCUGAUCCAGGAUUAGAGGGAAUUGUUAAUUUGGAUAAUCCCUUAAGGUUUACCCUGCACUAAGAAAAAUCUUAAAGAGAUCCCUACUCAUGUGUUUCAAUCAACUCCGACCUUUUGCUCAUCGUAUCCGGACUAUUAUAUCAAAGAAAAGGUGCAGCUGGUUUUUAAGCAGAUUCGAUGAGACAUCACACUCGUUUACGUACUCGGCGUGCAUAAUCUCAUUCUACUCCUGUAAUCCCGUAAGACCGCGGCGGCCAUUAUCAAUAGCUGCGAUUUUCAAUUUUCUGCGAACUCUCGUCGAAAACAAUUCCAUUAACUAAAAUCUUUUUUGACGACCGGAAUUACAUUUGGGGCCUUUUUUUCAUUGAUCAGAGCAUUGCAGACAGUUGGUGGGAUUGGAAAGCAUUAUAUAAUGAUAAUAAUAAUAAUAAUAAUAAUAAUAAUAAUAAUAAUAAUAAUAAUAAUAAUAAUAAUAAUAAUAAUAAUAAUAAUCAUAAUCAUAAUCAUAAUCAUAAUCAUAAUCAUAAUCAUAAUCAUAAUCAUAAUAAUAAUAAUAACAAUGAUAAUGAUAAUAAUAAUAAUAAUAAUAAUAAUAAUAAUAAUAAUAAUAAUAAUAAUAAUCGAUUUUUAUAGCGCCACUUCUACUAUGAAUCCAGUGGCGCUUUACAAUAUAAAAAUUAAGGUAACAAUAUUUUAUAUAAAGUAUUUAAAACUUAGUAACUUAGACUAAACUAACUAACUGACUAACUAAUUAGCAAACUAACUAAUGAACUAACUAACUAACUAACUGACUAACUAACUAACUAGCUAGCCUGGACUAACUAACCAACAAUUCAAUAGAAAGAAAACUUAGUAUAGGGGAAAAAAUAUAUAUAUAAAUAUUAAUAUAUAAUGCUAGAAAUGAUAGGUUCUUUAAAACAUGUUAAAAAGCACUUCUGAAAAGAUGGGUUUUAACCAUUGUCUUGAAUUCAUUCGCAAUUUCUUAUGUUCAGAGGUAAGGAAUUCCACAGCCUAGGCGCAGUGUGUGAAAAUGAUUUAUAGCCAUAAGUUUUAAGAUUGCACCUAGGCUCUACCAGUAAGGCUUUCUUUUCAGAGCGCAGACUUCUUCGUGGAACAUAAUGUGUAAGCAAUUCAUUUAAAUAGGAAGGAGCUAGGCCAUUUAAAGAUUUGAAGAUUAAAAGUAGUAUUUUGAAAUUUAUUCUUUCGGGAAUAGGCAGCCAAUGGAGCUCCUGUAAGAUAGGGGUUAUGUGGUCAAAUUUACGUACACCAGUGGGAAUGCGUGCUGCAGAGUUUUGGACAGAUUGGAGUUUACGGACAUGUUCUUGUUUCAGGCCUGAAAGAAGCGAGUUACAAUAGUCCAGCCCAGACGUGACAAAUACAUGGAGAAGUAUCUCGCAGUGUUUAAAUGAGAUGUAUUUUCUUAUUUUUGCAAUAUUGCUUAGAUGAAAAAAAGCUGAUUUGCAUAUGUUCUUUACUUGUUUGUCCAUUGACAUUUCACUGUCGAACCAUGUUUCAAUGUUUUUUGCGGAAUCAGAUAUCUCAACAACAUCAGACCCAACAUUGAUGUGUUGGCCAUUUCAGUGUUGGCCAAUGUGAAAUUGAAAUAUUUCUUUCGCACUUUUCUUUCGCAUCAAAAAUUUCCUUUCGAAUAUUCAUAGAGUAAUUUAUCCUUCAAUUCUCUCGUCGGAAAAAAUGGCGUUCUCUUUUCCGCAAGUUGUUUUCACACAAAGAAAAACGUCAAACAUCUCCAACUUUUGCCCGUUCUAUUUCCAAAUAGAACUGGGUCUAGCGCAUGUCAGUUGGCGAAAUGGUCUGGUUACAAAGGCUGGUCACGAGUCUUGACGUUGAUCCCCUAUGUAGCUGGGGUCGAGUGGGACCUUGGAGUUGGCGCGGCUGUUGAUUGUGACACACACAGGGUACCCGCGCGAUGACCACAAAAAACAAGUAGCAUAGCUAUACCAUAUUUCUAUAUCUAUGGAGCUCCGCGAGCGGACUGCGGCCGCGCUGGCUCCGCUAUGAUAAAGUUGUAUGAUACGUAAACAGUGCCUAUUUUUGGUUAUAUCGAUUUACCUACUUAUUAUGCGAAUAUUCCAAAUGGCCGAGCGGAGUUUGAAACUUGAAUUUGUUUUGUUAGCGAGACGUCGCAUCGCAAAAAGCGACCAAAACAGCAAAAUAUCCUGCUCUAUACCAAGUUUGAUAUUUGAUCGAUGAGUCCCUGUGCUCGAAAGUAAAAUAUCGUUUGGGAAACCUUUUCAAAUUGAGCGCUUUUAUUGGAGACUGCCGUAAAAUCGAACUCUUUUCGUAAUGUUUACGUUUAGAAAAAGAGAAAUAUGAGUGUGAUGGACCAAAUUCUACGGCUUAGAACCUUGACAGGACUAAACUAGGAUAAAUGAGGAUCAUGGCAUACUAAAACAAUUUUCACCACAAGCCGAAACGAGUGCCCACAGGGUAUGGUGAAAGUUGAGGAGAGCGGAGGUUGAAUUGUGAGGAUGAAAGUGCGAGUCAAGGCCCAACGUCUAUACUUCAACAGGGAAAAAUCGCCGUAGAAUAGGUUGGCAGCAAUCGCCGAUGACAUGUUUUGAUCCGCUUGUUGGUUGAUGCCGGUCAACCAACGUUGAGUUAAACUGCGGGCGUAAAGAUCUGAUGAAAACGUGUUCCCUUCAAUGGAUAUUUGACAAUGCUUUUAUAUUGUGGAUUGACACCUUGUACCCUCUGAGAAACUAAGAGUCCUCGCGUCGAGUUCAAAUCUAUCUAUUCUAUUUACGGCUGCAAUGAGACCUUGAAUUUCUUUGUCUUUUCCUCUAUGGUGGUAGUCAUUGGUAUGACUCUACAGAGCACAUGCCAAAGUCUUAGUAAUAGCAAACUUAAAGACGAUCGUCGCAUCACGAUCAACGUCAGUGGGAAAAAGUUUGUUACCUGGGAAAAAACUCUGAGAAAGCAUCCAUCGACCUUGUUGGGAAGCGAUCGCCUCAUGCAGUUUUUCGAUGAAACAAAAAGGGAGUUUUUCCUAGAUCGAGAUCCCCAUAUGUUUCGCUACAUAUUGAAUUUUUACCGCUGCGGGAAGUUGCACACGUCAUCCGAGGAUUGCUACUCUGCAUUCAAAGAGGAGCUAGGCUUCUAUGGAAUUCCGCCGGAAAAUAUAGAAUCGUGUUGCUGGGAAGAUAAUACGAAAAUAUCUAUACGAAAACCGCACAGAAAAAACCCAUGCCGCGGGAAUAUUCCGUCAUAUAGGGGGAAGAUAUGGCUACUGAUGGAAGAUCCGAACUCGUCAUUUUUAGGCGCCUUUAUUCAAUGUAUUAUUGGAGUAAUCAUAUGCAUUAGUAUAUUGUUCUCAAUUUUAGAGACUAUACGCAACGCCCGGGGGAGAACUCUACAACAAUCAUCACCAACGCUAUUCACUUCUAUUGAUAGCAUUUGCAUCGGAUUUUUUACGCUGGAAUAUUUAUUACGUCUCUUCGCGGCGCCGAAUCGACUGCAGUUUAUAACGAAUAAACUAAGUAUAAUAGACCUGCUGACAAUUGUUCCAUUUUACGUGGAUGUGAUAGUGACUAAUUUCACCAGUACCGACGUCUUUCUUGGCGAUGAAAACCCGCUGACACUCUUAAGGAUAUUACGUGUUGUGCGCAUGCUCAAACUGUCCCGACACACCCGGCACAUGCGCGUGGUAGGCCGGAUGUUCAGGAGAGCAGUGGUCGACCUUGGGUUCCUGUUUUUUGGGUUCUUCCUGACUAACUUGCUGUUUUCUACGGUGAUUUAUUACUGCGAGCGUGGUCAAGCGGAGGGCAAGUUUACAAGUAUCCCCGACACUAUGUGGUACACCAUAGUGACGAUGAUGACUUUGGGGUAUGGAGACAUGGUACCAGUGACAGUGAUUGGCAAAAUGGUGGGCUCCCUGUGUUGUUUGAUGGGCAUAAUGAUGCUAACUCUGCCAACAACGAUGAUGCAAAAAAGUGCAACGGAUGGCAAGAAAGUCGGCGCUUAUAGCAAUUUACCGAAAACGGUUCCACAGAUUGACUGAGGGUUGACCGGGUAGUAAUCUAGACCAGUAAGGCCUAGUUUAAACGCCGUUCCUUUCAUGUGCCCUUCCAAAUUUUUGGCACGGUCGAAAUAGACAAAAGCACGCCUGGAAAUUUAGACGCCCUUUAAACUGCUUUUGAACAGAUUAAAAUUUUUCAUUUAAAACAGCAUAGAUAUUUAAGCUCGUCUUUUAACAUUUAAUAAUAUAAUAUUUACAAUUAGUAAUAUAAUAUUUAUUUAUAAAGCGCUUAAACUAUCUGUACGCAUUCUAAAGCGCUAAAUAAAAUUAAACAGAGAAGACAAAAAUUACAAUAUAGAAAUGAAUAAUACUACUUUAUAGAUUGUAGGCUAGUCGGAACAAAUGUGUCUCCAUAGCCUGUUUAAAUGAAGUUAUUCCCUUAAUCCCUCUAAUAAAGCUUGGUAAUUGGU